GUGCUGCAGUGUCUGUUGUCUGUGUUGCUAUACUAAACCGUACUAAACGUCCGGAUUUUAAAUUAUUCGGUUUUCAUUUUUUCUCAAAAUGCGACAUUAGUGGUGAAAACCGACUCGUCUAAAAAGAAGAUUCUCCGCAUUUUAUCAUGGCGGAGAAUAGAAAACUGUCGUCGUUGUGGGGCGCAAUACCGAAGCCUUCCGGAGGAUCAGAAUCUGCGACAGAGAAUCAGUCGCAGCAGCCGCCGCUGAUGCUGUUCAAGCGCGAAAAUCUGGUGUUCGACGCGCUGACAAAUUUUAUUCCGAUGCCCGGGCCUCCGCCCAAACAGGAGAACGACGACUGGGCCAAGCUGGACGACAACGUUCUGCAAUCACUCCAGUGCUUGCAGCUGGUGCGGCAAACGGGCCAGGAGGCCGAGCUGUCCGAGGCCCUAGUCCAGCUGCAGCGCGAAGAUGAAAAAAUUAUUCCGUGCAAGCGCAGGCGGCGUAGUCCCAGUGACGGGGCUAAAUCGAUAAUCGUAAACGUUGAAGGCAUUGACGCCCAAGUGUGUCGGGAUGUGACCAAGCGUGCUGUGACCGCCCUAUUGGCGCACACUGGAUGUCAUUCCGCCAAGAAUUCCGUUUUAGAGACGCUGACGGACGUGACGAAAAAUUUUAUUUACAAAAUUGGCUUGCAACUGAGUCACAGAAGGGCAAACCAAUCGCCAGAGUCAGCUUUGAUGGAAAGUGGAAUCGGCACUCUGGACGAAAUAGCCAGUUAUUACGAGGAGCGAGUACUCGCCCACAGGGCAAACAUGGAGGCCGCCGUGCAGAAACUACGCGAGAGUCCACUUUCGGAACCCAUGCCUCCAAGCCAAGAGGAAGAGACUGCAGUGGAGAUCCACUUCCCGGCAGGCAGCGAAGAGAUGGAGACAUCGCUGAGUACAGGCCUGCAAAUGCUCAUCACCAUGGAGAGUGGCAUUGAGUGAUUGUACCUCCUGUUCUAGCCAGAAUUUUUUUAAACUUUCGUUGAACACAAUACCAGUUUUUAAUAUUUAGCAGCUUUGCUGCACAGACUUUUAUUGGAUUAUACUGGGUAGACAAUCAUUAUUCAUUAAUUUCAAAUUUACAAUUAUUACUUCUUGUAUAUCAAUCAGUGUACACACCAAAAGUAUAAUAAAAAGUAGUCACAGUGAAUUAAA